GGAUGGAGCUUGACGGGCUGUUGCUGGACGAGGAGGGUACGUUCUCCCUCAGCGGCUUCCAGGAGUUCACGUUCCUGCCCAGGCACCAGCAGCUGAGCGAGAGGGUGCGGAAGCGGCUGUAUUAUGGCUGGGACAAAGACUGCAGCCUGGAUAAUCUCUCCAGCCCUGUGGCAGAUAUUGCGGUGGAGUUGCUGCAGAAAGUGGCUCCCAGCCCUAUCCGCAGACUCCAGAAGACAUACGUGUCUCAUGUAUCUCGGGAAGCUUGCAUCUCUCCUUGCUCCAUGAUGCUGGCACUGGUUUACAUUGAGAGACUUCGGCACCGGAACCCCGAAUACCUUCAGCAAAUCUCAUCUUCAGACCUUUUCCUGAUCUCCAUGAUGGUUGCUAGUAAGUACCUGUAUGAUGAAGGUGAAGAGGAGGAAGUGUUCAAUGAUGAGUGGGGAGCAGCAGGGAAGGUGGAUGUCCAGACCAUGAACACACUGGAGAUGAACUUCCUGAGCGCCAUUGACUGGAGUCUCUAUACAGACCCCCGGGAGCUGUUUGAAGUGCUCAGCUGGCUGGAAGGACGCGUGGCAGAAAAGCAGGGCAUGUGGCGUGGUUGGUUCACCUACACAGAUCUCUGUGUCCUCAUGGAGCAGUCCAUGUGGCAGCAUGUGUUGGGCCAAUUCUACCAGCAAGUGGUGAAGCUGGCCUGCCUCCUGGGUGUGAUGUACCUGACCGGCUUUGCCGCUGUCUUUGCCUCGGUCACCGUGGUGCACCGCUCCGUGUGCAUGCGGAGCGUCAGCCCCGCCGCCCCCCGGCCUGCGCUGUUCCCCGAGGAGGCCAGUUGCCAACUGGACGCCCAGCCAGCCCCUGACCAGCCCCAGCCCGAGCUGCCCGAUGUCUCCCCGGCCAGCAGCACCCGUUGCCUGCAGGAGAACAAGACGACUGAGGAGCCGCGUCGCGGAGGUGUCACGGCCACUGCGCUCUACCUGUGGGGCAGCGUGAUGACGGCUCUGUCCUACCCAAAGGCGCCUGAUCUAGCCCAACACAGGAGCCCCCCUCAGAGCCAUUUCCGGAGAGUACCCACCGCUUGUGAGAGAUCUAACCGUACUGCCCCUGCCACAGCCCCUGCCCAGCCUGGCCCCUUCGGACUCGCCGUGCUCCGAUCUCCUCCGGCGCUCCACUGCCAAACCUGCUCUGCUGGUGCAGGCCCCACGUGGGAUGGAGCCCCCACCCGCAAGGACUGGCUGGACCCCCUAGGGCUGAGGCGGUGUUCCUUGCACACUGCCAUGGAUCUCAGUAGAAUCAAGAGCUUCAUUUUUCCCAGCUAGGAGCGUGGGGCGGUGGCCCCUUUCCCUUUCCCUCCUAGUGUGGCACAACUCACUUCCUUGCACUUCUGGGACCCCCUGAUCCCUGGGGCUGUGCGGGGCUGAAGGCCUCUGUGUUACUUCCAAACCAGCAUUUGUGUCUACCCACCCAGGGCAGAGGUGUCUUCACUUUGGGGACUGCUGGGACAAGUUGGGGCAGAGUUUGCUUGCUGUUGGGGUGCUGGGGUGGGGAUCUACUAGCUGGAGGGUAGAUAUGGGGUGCCCUUGGGCUGGGGUGCUAGGGAAAGGGGCUUGAAUCUCUUCCUGCAGCGUGUGGGUGGUGCCCUUGGUGGUGCUGGGCAGAGGUGGUGUGUGGGAUGUAGGUGCUGGGGCUGUGUGUGAAGGGUGGAGGGGCUGGGGCAUUGAGCCCAGUGGUGGGGCAGGGUGCUCCAGGAGGAGGUGGGGUGCCUGGGUGAGGGGAGAGAAGGUCGAAGGAGGGGGGAGCGAGCAUCCCAAACUGGUUGGCCAUGGCAGUGAUUCCCCUUGGGGAGUGCCAGGCUACUUCUUGGGAGGCGGGGAGGGUCGCAACAAGAGGGGGCCCAGAUGUGGCUGUGCUCUGGGGAAAGGUGGUGCCCCGCUGGGCUUGUGGGUGGUGGUAAGGUGUGGUUAAGGCUGAGCUUCCUUAUCCUGCUUGUGUUGGGUGCUUUGGAACUGGGGGUGCUCUGUGAUGCCAUCCCAAACCCCAGCUGCCUGUGGCUACCAGCAAACGGUGCCCGACUGCUCCUCGGGGCGGGGAGACGGCACCUUGUCCUGCUGACCAGCCCAGCUCAUUGUGCCCCUUCUUUUUACUGUGGAUUUUACACCUGUUUUUCACUCUUUUGUAGAUGCUAAUCUCUUCCAAUAAAAGUAGUUCUUGCUGUGCA